AUGUCAGGAACAUCAAAUUUAGAGUCAUUUGAUCCAGAAGUCUGUGAAGGAUGUUCUUUCAAGACUUCGGGACCGAAAGUCCCUGAAGAGGGUAGAUCAAAAACCAUGACGCAGAGCAUUGUUCAUGAGCUCAAGCUUCAAAUGAGAAUUGGUUUACCAUUGGUGGCUAUGAACUUCUUGUGGUUCGGUAAGCUAACCACUACAUCUGUCUUUCUUGGACAUCAAGGUAAGGUUAACCUAGCCGGAGGUUCAUUAGGUUUUUCCUUUGCAAACGUUACUGGCUUUGCUGUUUUAUAUGGAAUUUCAGCAACAAUGGAACCUAUUUGUGGCCAAGCUUUUGGAGCCAAGAAUUUUAAGCUUCUCCAUAAAACCCUUUUGAUGGCAGUGCUCUUGCUUCUCUUGAUCUCUAUCCCCAUAUCUCUCUUGUGGCUCAAUGUUCACAAGAUCCUUAUUGCCUUUGGUCUGAAAGAAGAAAUCUCCUUCAUAGCCAAGAGAUAUCUCAUUUACCUCCUUCCUGAUUUGCCAGUACUCUCUUUGCUCUGUCCCCUUAAGGCUUAUCUAAGCUCACAAGGCGUUACACUCCCCAUCAUGUACACCACAGCUGCAGCCACUUCUCUACACAUCCCCAUCAACAUAUUCCUCUCUAGAGCAAAGGGAAUAGAAGGAGUUGCAAUGGCGGUUUGGAUAACCGAUCUUAUAGUCGUGAUUCUUUUAACCGGUUAUGUGCUAGUCUCUGAGGGAUUAAAAGAGAACAAAUGGAAAGAAGCCGGGAGGUUACCAAACCCGGUGGAAUCUGUAUCGGCCUUGAUCAUAGUUUUCAACUUCGAAUACUUGCUUUACGCUGUGAUGCUCUAUUUAGGCACGUGCGUGGCUACACGUGUGUCUAAUGAGCUCGGCGCAAAUAAUCCCAAAGGAGCUUAUAGAGCAGCUUACACUACGCUAGCUGUGAGUGUUGUCUCGGGAUGCAUUGGGGGUAUAGUGAUGAUAGCAUGUAGAGGUGUUUGGGUAUACGCUCACCAUGACGUAAUGAUCAUAAACAGUGUGAAGAAGUUGGUGUUGAUAAUGGCGGUCAUUGAAGUUAUAUGCUUCCCGUUAUUCGUUUGUGGAGAGAUUGUUCGUGGAACAGCGAAGCCGUCUCUUGGUAUGUAUGCGAAUCUUGGUGGGUUCUACCUUUGCCCUUGGGGAUGA